AUGGCAGGAGAAGAGCUGGAUCCUGAGUCCAGCCCUGGACAAGGGACCAACUGGCACCAUUACCACCAUCGCCCCAGAGCCCAGCCAGGGUCCAUCAUCCUGGGCAACAGAGGGCUGAAGGUACCCCGGGGGAGUUGGGUCUACCUGGAUCCUCUCUGUGACCUGGUGACCAGAGUCCUUCCAGGCGACUCCUGCCACGUCACGGUCUUCGACUAUGACCGCGCUGUCAUACCGGGAACACUCACCCCAAAGAAGUUCCCGUGCGCGUUCGAGAAAGGCCAGGUGAAGUACAUGCAUUUCGGGUCAAAGGUCAUUACCAGGGAUACGGUGAGGUUGCAGGUGAGGUACGACACGCAGACGGACACGCUGGUUAUACCGCUGACCUUAGAGGUCGAGGCGACCGCGAACGGUCGAGAGGUCGUGACCACGAACACUCCGCUGAUCGUGAGCGAGCUGGACGGGAUCUCUAGCGCCAUCAAUGGUCAGAGCUUGGGGAUUCCAUUCAGCGGGUCCGGUUCCGGCGGUUCCGUGUCGCGGUGUAAACUCACCGUGUUGAUCGGAACGGGCGGUUUCCCCAGACAUGGAACUCUUUUGAAUUACGUCACCAACGGUCAGCCGACGGACUGCCAUGCUUUCGUCAACAUGGAUGUUCGUUAUAAACUCACCCCCACCUCGGACUCCCCUCACAGCGACUACAUCCCCAUGCUGGCAGAGUUACUAGACCAACACGGGACAGUCACACAGCAGGAGUGCUUCCUCAUCACAGUCAGGAUCCGAGAGGGUAUCACCAACAGCCCUCCCAGACCCACCUUUCUCUCCAUGAUGAUGAUGGAGGUGGACCAGUUUGUGAUGGCGGCCAUCACCAGUGACGUGUUGGCGGCGGAAGACGCAGAGUCCGCCUCUGAUGACCUCAUCUUCAACAUCCUCACGACAUUGGCUCCAGACCAAGGUGACAUCAUCAGCACGGACGACCAGAACCAGCCAAUCGUGUCGUUCCGUCAGCGGGACGUCAAAGACCUGAAGAUCGCCUACAGACCUCCAGCAGAGGAUUCUGGUCGUCCCUCUGAGAGGAUCGUCCAUGUAGAGAUGGAGGUCGUGGAUUCAGACGAGGUGGCUUCAGAACGGUUCUCCUUCAUGAUAGUAGUCAAACCCAUGAACACACUGGCUCCUGUAGUCACCAUCAAUACUGGACAGAUGCUGUUUAAGGGCCAGUCCAGACCGCUGUCGUCCAACCAUAACCUCCGAAUCAGCGACAAAGACAACCUGUCAGACGUCAGGAUCACCGUCCUCCGAGGAUGUAAACACGGCGUCCUGACAGUCCUCGGGUCGCCUCUCGGGUCACCGCGGCAACGGGAGUUCUUUACGCCGGCGCAACUCGACAGCGGAUUGGUCGUCUACGAACACGACGGUUCCGAAACGUUCUCCGAUAACAUCCUGUUCCGCAUGACGGACGGGCGACUCAACGUCGACUUCCUGUUCCCAGUGACGAUUGUCGCCGUGGACGACGAGGCUCCGGUCAUCAAUGUCAACACCGGGUUGAUCCUGUCCCGGAAGGAGACCAAGAUGAUAUCAUCGGUGGUUCUAAGUGCGACGGAUGUUGAUUCCGAAGUCUCGACAGUGAAGUUUGUCCUCGUGGCGCCGUUCUCGACCAUUGGACAGGUGUUUCUCAGACAAUCACACCCACCUGGGGACCUCACCGGAUGGACAUUCAACACCGCCGAGCGAGUCUACGAAUGCGUCGUCACCGAAUGGCUCCAACGAGACGUAACAGAGGGUAGGGUGUUCUACCAACACACCGGACCUCAACUCACCUCCACCUUCACUGACCAAUUAGUGUUCCGUUGCCAGGACGACAACGUCCCUCCCAACCAAUCAGGCGACAACAUGUUCCUCGUCGGAAUCCACCCGGUCGACGACCUCGCACCGGAACCCUUUCCCGGUUCCACUCUAGUCCUGACCGUCAACGAGUACCAACUCACUCCGAUACAGAAGACGUGUUUACAUUUCACAGAUCUAGACUCUGACGACAGAGACCUGAGGUAUAUUAUCGCUAUCCCACCCACUAACACAGACCAGAACGACCCAACACCACUGGGCCAUAUCGUCCUGACUGACAACCCUACUGUUGUUGUCACUGAAUUCACCCAGGCACAGGUCAACCACCUCAAAGUAGCCUAUAAGCCACCUGAUCUGGAGUUGGGAACCACACCUAGAGUGGUCCAGUUCACCUUUAUCGUGAAAGAUCCAGUAGGACACUCUGUAGACGGAGUCUUUACUAUCAACCUGCAACCAGUGGACAACAAACCCCCAGUCACCAAAACUGGUGUCGACCUCAACGUCAAUGUAAAGAAUACGUAUGUGUUCACUAAGGAUGUGUUGGAUGCUACGGAUCAGGAUACGAGUGCUGAUAAUAUCACGUUCAUCGUGACCCAGGUUCCAAAGUUUGGCGUUCUGAGAUGUGUAGGUGUAGAUCUGUCCGUAUGGAAGUAUUUCACCCUAGCAGACAUCCACAGGGGUGUGGUAGUGUACGUUCACCAGGGUAACGGUCCGGGGAGUGAUGUUGUAAAAGUGGACGUUAGCGAUGGAUACCACAAGGUUCCCGUGACGAUCAGAAUCAACGUUGUUACUCAGGCUGUCGUGGCAACGCCACCGACGGCCCCUCCAACACCGCGUGAACUCCAUGUAAUCAUAGAGGUAAACGAGAACGGACAGAUUCAAAUCACAAGAGACAAAGUCCAGGUCAGCGGCAGGAUGCACGUUGAUGACCUCACCUUUCUCAUCGAACAACCUCCUCGCUUUGGGGUCGUCCAGGUGCAGGGCGUGCCCUCUGAUAGGCUGACGCUGCGUGACAUCAUCGACGGCCAGGUGACCUAUGUCCACACCAGUGGCGAGAUUGGACCUGGGAAACACAACGACACCUUCACGCUCACCGUGAUUGGUCCGUGGAUCUCCGGGGGCAACAGGGUCAUUCAGAAGGUCAAAGUUCAGGUGUCGAUACUUCCUGUUGACAGUGUUCCACCCAUAAUCAGUGUUAGGGAUCUGUUAAAGGUCACGGAAGGAGAGAAGAAGGUGGUAACAGUAGAGAACUUCCGAGUAGAGGACUCUGACACUGACGUUGACGUUGUUCUCUGUACCAUCCUGGUCCAGCUGACAUUCGGAUACUUAGAGAUCACCUCAGCCAGUCCUGGCUCAGAGAAGUCCAGAGCGGGAUUCGCUGUGACGGCGUUCCACUACCGAGACAUUCGACUCGGGAAUGUCGUCUACGUUCAGAGUAUACAUAAAGGAACGGAACCCGUCGAGGAUAGGACGACACUCCAGUGUUCAGACGGUAUCAACCAAUCAGAGAUGAGCAUUUUGACCUUUGUGAUCUUCCCAGACAAUGAUGAGGAGCCUCAGGUGUUCACGCGAGAGUUCGUGGUCAUGGAAGGGAUGAGCCUCGCGGUCGACGUUCCGAUCCUCAAUGUGGUCGACCUCGACGUUCCGGGCGAUGUUUUGGAAUUUGAGGUCGUGGUUCCUCCAAAACACGGGAAGAUCGUCCAGCACCUGGCGACAGGGACCGUUAUCGUCGUGACCUUCACCUUGGAUCAGAUCCGAACCGGUUCCACCAUCGUCUACGAACACGAUGGUUCUGAGACGAGACACGACAACUUCUCGGUGAAAGUAACGGACGGGAAACACAUCGUGGAGAAGGAGGUCGUCGUCACGGUGAUACCGGUCGACGACGAGACCCCGCGCCUGGCGAUCAACAUUGGGCUGGAGGUGGAGUUCAGGGAAUGGAAAGUCAUCACCAAUAAGAUCCUCAAAGCCACCGAUCUGGACUCGGAGGACGGGACUCUGAUGUUCAUCAUCCGCAGGGAUCCGGGGCAGGGCUGCCUGCAACGUUUCGUCGCUUCACAUAAGGUUUUAUUCAACAUGACGGUGGGUAUGAACUUCACCCAGGACGACCUCGACUCUGGUCUGAUCCGCUACAUUCACACUGGGCUCGGAGGAGUUCGUGACCUCAUCAAGUUCGACGUCACCGACGGCGUGAACCCGUUAAUCGACCGGUACUUCUACGUGACAGUCGGGGGGGUGGACGCGGUGUUCCCGGUUGUCGUGGUGAAUAGGGGCGUGUCGUUAAAAGAGGGGGGGCGGGCGCUCCUCACCACAGACCUCCUCAGUACCUCCGACCUCAACUCCCCCGACGAGCGCCUGACCUUUACCCUGACCCGUGACCCUGCCAGAGGUCGUUUAGAGGUCACGGACCGGCCCGGCGUCGCCGUCACAACGUUUACACAGCUCCAGUUGGCGGGGAGUAAGGUGUUCUAUGUUCACACGGCGGAGGACGAGGCCAGGAUGGACAGCUUCCAGUUCCAGAUCACAGACGGGCGUAACGUGGUCUACCGGACGUUCAGAGUCUCCAUCACAGACGUUGACAACAAGAAGCCUGUGCUGACCAUUCACAGGUUGGUCCUGGUAGCAGGUGAGACCAAGCUGGUCACACCGUUUGAGCUGAGUGUGAAGGACAGAGACACCUCAGACGGUCAGCUAAUCUUCACCGUCACCCAACAACCUCUCCACGGCCGUCUGCUCUACAAUGGGACCCGCGUUGCCACGACGUUCACCAAUCUGGAUCUGAUUCAGAACCUCAUCUGUUACAAACACCACGGAACAUCAAACACCCGACAUGACAGUUUCCUGUUUACUGUGACCGAUGGAACUCACACCGGGUUCUACGUCUACCCGGAGACCGGUCGCGCUACGGUUCAACCGCAGAAACUGGAGAUACAAGUUAACGUAGUCGACCGGACAGGACCGCGGGUCUUAGUGAACAAGCCGGAUUCGACCCUGAAGGUUCUCCAUACAGGACAGUUGGGGCUGCUGUUCACCAGUAAGGUCCUGAGGGUAGUGAACCAAGAGGACCGGAGGGGCCAGGGGACCAAGGAGCGAGGCCAGCCCAGGCAUGACAUCACCUUCUGGGUGUCAGAGGCACCGCGCUGGGGGGUCAUCGUCAACACAGCUCUGGGGAACAGCAGUGUCAGCUCCUUCACUCAGGAUGAUAUCGACCAGAGAAGGAUCUGUUAUAUUCUUCCUGCUGGAGUCAAGUCUACCAGUGAUGUGUUCUACUUCACCGUCCAAUACAACGGAGGAAACCGUGUGACCCAGCAGCCAUUCCGGGUCCAGUGGGCCUGGGUUUCCAUGGAGACACGGCUCUACACGGUGCAGGAGAGCUCCCAGUUUCUAGAGGUCACUCUGAGGAGGAGGGGCCAUCUGGGGGAGACGUCUUUCGUCACUGUCAGCGUGCAUGACAUCACAACGGAGAGAGGGCAGGACUACCAGGCCUCGCCCCCGAGACAGGUGCAGUUUAACCCCGGUCAGACCCAGGCCGUCUGGCGGCUGCGUAUCCAUGAUGACCAGGUGUAUGAGGGUACCGAAAGCUUCCGAUUGGUCCUGUCUGAACCGGUGAUGGCGCUGAUAGGACAGUCCAGCUCUGUUACCGUGGAGAUACUAGACCCUGAGGACGAGUCAGUAGUGUUUAUCCCACAGUUAGAGUUCAGGGUAGAGGAGGACGUUGGAGAGGUUUUGAUCCCUGUCAGGAGGACUGGAGAUCUCAGUAACGAACUCACGGUCCUCUGCUACACACAGGAAGGCUCAGCCAGAGGAACUGUCCCCAGCACAGUGUUGUCGUACUCUGACUACAUUGCUCGUCCGGAGGACCAGCGCAGCGCCCUGCGUUUCGACCGCGGCGAUUCCGAGAGGGCGUGUCGUGUACUCGUCAUCGACGACUCGCUAUACGAGGGGGCGGAGACCUUCGCCGUAACGCUGGGCGACGCCAUGGGGGGGCUGGUGAGAGCGGAGCAUAACAGUACACGCGUGGUCAUACUGCCUCAUACACCCGACGAGCCUGUGGUGUACCUGGGGAGGUCAGAGUACUCAGUAGAUGAGAGUUGUGGUUACCUGGAGGUUUCAGUUUGGAGGUCUGGUACUGACCUGUCCCAUAAUGCAUCAGUCACACUACGCUCCCGAUCAACACAGCCGGUCAGCGCUCUGGCGGGGUUGGACUACGUGGGCAUUGGCCAGAGUGUUGACUUCCCACCGGGCAUCACCGUGGUGACGGUGAAGGUGGCCAUCUUGGAUGACCUGGGUGGUCCGGUGAUGGAGGGGGAGGAGUCUUUCCAGCUGGUUCUGAGCAUGCCCAAUAACUCAUCACUAGGACGACCUAGCCUGGCUACCAUUACUAUCAACGACACCAUGUCUGACUUACCCAGGGUGCAGUUCAGGGAAGUGGAGCUGCGGGUGGACGAGGCCGACGGGCGGGCGGUUGCCGUGGUAACCCGUGACGGCGACCUCGGCCUCACCUCCGUUGUCAGAUGUUACACGCGCCAGGGUUCCGCCCAGGUGAUGACGGACUAUGAGGAGAGACCAGACACGGAUGAGUCCGUCGUCGCCUUCAGGCCAGGUGAGCGUGAGCAGCAAUGUAUCGUGACUCUGGUUGACGACUUAGAGUUUGAGGAAGAGGAAAAGUUUCGCCUGGUCCUCGGAAUCCCCAGAAGCCAAUCAGAUCUGGGCUUGUUGUUGGGUGAGCAGAAGGAGAUAGUCAUCAGGAUCACUGAUAGGAGAGAUAAGUCUGUGAUCAGGUUCUCCGAGCCUCGAUACACGGUGAGUGAGCCAGUUGCCCACGGCGAGAUAACCGUGCUGAGGGUUGCCGUGCAGCGCCAUGGCGAUGUCUCCAGGGUGUCGGUAGUGCGUGUGCACACUAAAGAUGGCUCUGCUCACUCUGGACAAGACUACAACCCUCUGUCACAGGAGCUGGUGUUUUCUGAGGGCCAGACAGAGCAUCUAGUAGAGGUAGAGGUUCUGUAUGACGAGGAGGGAGAGAUGAGAGAGACCUUCACCCUACAGCUCACACCAGACCAACAUAUGGUGGCUGACACACAGGUGACCAAGGCAACAGUGUUCAUUGAGGAGAAGGAGGGGGGUGAUGUGGGGGGCAUUACGUUCCCUGCUGUACCCCUCGUGGUGUCCUUACUGGUCUAUGAUGACCCAACUCUCGCCUCAACCCCAACCAGCCCCCACCCCCCCACCGGGUACCCCCUUGUGUGUGUGACGGCCUGUGACCCCCACUACCCGGACUACAGUCGUACCUUGUCUCUUUGCGUCUCCGAGGGUAUCAACAACACCCUGACAGAGUACCGCUGGCUCCUGGGGUCCCCAGGGACUCCUGAUGGUGUAGCUAGCCCACCGAGGGAGCUCCACGCUGGGACCUUCCUCACCUCUACCAGGUCCAUGCUGCUGGAUGCUGUUUACCUUCAGGCAGGGGCCAGGGUGCAGUGCUCUGCCCGAGCUGUGAGCACGACGGGACGGGGAGGACUGGGGCUGACUAGCCCUCAGGUGGAGGUCAGCAUGGAGGAGGGUCUGUGCCCUCCUCAUACCCCUGGGGCGAUUGGGGCUGAACCGUUCUCUGCUAAGAUCCGCUACACUGGACCAGACGACCCACAGCACCCCAACCUCAUCAGGCUAACCGUCACUAUGCCACAUGUAGAUGGUAUGCUGCCAUUCAUCUCCACCCGUCCCCUUUCCAACCUGGCACUAACCCUGAACCACGACCCCUCUCGGUUGGGGAACCACCGUUGUUCCAACCUCCAGGGGGGGCCAGGCGAUGCCAGAGAUACCCGUCUGGGGCUCACCUCGGCUGGGGUGGCCGUGACCGGCGUGGUGGGAGGGUCUCACCUCCGGAAUAGCAUAGCUCAGGACGGAGCUCUCUCCCUGCGUUUCUAUAACAGUCUGGACCUGGAGACGUGUGUCUGGAGCUUCUCUGGAUACUACAGCAUCAGCGACCUGCUGUCUGACUGUGGGGGGACCGUAAAGACGGACGGACAGGUCCUGAAUGCGGUCCAGUCGUAUGUGACGUUGCGUGUUCCUCUAUUCGUCUCCUACGUGUUCCACUCCCCGUCGGCCCCUGGCGGCUGGCUCACCUUUGACCUCCGAUCUGACCUCCACAUGACCUUCACCUAUGACACGUCUAUCCUGUGGCGUGACGGGAUAGGCAGCCCUCCCGAUGCUCCCCUGCAAGGCUCUCUUCACCCCACCAGCAUGCGUAUCAAUGGAGAGGGACGUCUGGUGGUCACCUUCAGGACAGAGGCUCGUUUCCGGGGACACUUUAUCCUGUCGCACCCAGGUGUAUCAGGGUCCUCAGUAGUAACAUCAGAUGCCCACUCCGGCCUGCUGUUCUCUCUAUUUCUGGUCCGGUCUGAGACCACCCUCACACACACCGUGCAAGCCUGGAGCUUUGUGUCUCAGCUGGCUGUACGUGACUACUCUGGCUCCUACACGGUGGCUCUGCUCCCCUGUCUGAUCCCUGAGGGGGGGAACACUGACCCCCCGGUCUGCCACCCUAGACCCCCCCUCUCAUUCAGCCUGGAUGUACGCUUCCAACAGGUUAGUGAUCCAGUCCCAGUAGAGUUCAGUCUGAACACAGUCCUGGUGUUGUUGUCUAAGAGAGAACUGUGGCUGUCUGAUGGGUCCAUGGGAUUCGGACAGGAUGACGACGUAGCUUUUAGUAAAGAUGCUGUGAUCUACGGCCGUGUGAUGGUUGACCCCGUCCAGUCGCUAGGCAACUCCUUCCAGUGUCACAUACAGCAGGUCUUCCUGUGUACCGGCGCUGACGGUUACAUACCAAAAUAUCGCCCCGGCAAUGGAGAGUACGGUUGCCUUGCCGAUGCCUCGUCUCUGCUCUACAGGCUUAAGAUACUGGACAAGGCUGAGCCAGAGAGCCAGGAGGUAGAGUUUGGAGGUAUCCGAUUUGAGGCCCGUCUGGCUGGGGACACACCCGGUGCUUUCCCCCUGGUCUCUCAACCUGAUGCUGACGGGUUCAGCCUCUCCCCAGCUCCUCUCUUCCAGGUGGCUGCUGGUCAUGAGUGGUACAUCCAUGCCGUCUACACCGUGCGCUCCAGGGACCACGGCAACCGCAACUACAACAACCAUAAUCACGCUGUCGGCAAGCGGAGUCUGUUCCUGCAGCACCACGUCAUCUCCAGCAGGGGGCGCCAGAAGAGAGCAGCUCCAGAGAAAGAGAGAGGAGAGGACCAGGACAGGGGGACCAACCUCCGACACGUCCACCUGCAGAGAGCGCCCAGCCUCGGGCAGAGCUGGGCCGAAGGUCCCCUGAUGGACUGGGAGCUCCCGGAGAGGGGGGAAGGUCCGGUGGGAAGCACAGAAAGGGAGACCUUGGAUGGGGCCAAGGCGUCCGUGACACUGGCGGUGGUGGUGCUGUUCUGA